AUGUCGACAAAGAAAAGACAAUGCGAAACCCCUCAAGGCGACACACCGUCUCCGAAGCGCCACCUCCCUGACCAGAAUGACGAGGAAAUCAAGAUGCGGUAUUCUUCUCUCGUCAAGCAGACAUCAAGCACUUCAGCGUUGCCUACCGCCCAGCCCUCUGGGCCAGGCAACAGUGAUGCCUCUACCGCCGUUGCUGGUACUCCCACCAGAGACGCCACGACCACCGUUUCACUGCCAUUGACGCGCAACAACGUGAGCGGCACUGUCUUCUCCCCCUUCAUCUCUGCUAGUACUUUCUACAACGCCAAGAUGCCCAGCCUCCCGUCGUCACCGGCGCACAACGGUGCUGUCAAGAUCGACGUCUAUGUCAACAUUGUCAUCAGUGGCAGCAACACAACCAGCCCCACCACCCCCACCACCACGGCUGCCACAACCGCCGUCGCGUCGGACAAACUCCUCUUGGGAUGUCUACACCAUGCUCCCUUCCGCAAGCGCCAACCUCGCCACUACCAUUGGCAUCAACAGCAUCAGCUUUCUUGCCAGCAGCAGCACCAAUUCAGGUUUUGA